CUACUAAAACUUCAGGAGAGAGUGCUUAAUAAUGUUGUAAUAGGUCUGCUUGGAGAUGAAGAUCCAAGAGUGAGACAUGUAGCUGCAGCUUCAUUAAUGAGGCUUGUUCCAAAGCUGUUUUAUAACUGUGACCAAGGACAGGCUGAUCCAGUUGUGGCAGUAGCAAGAGACCAAAGCAGUGUCUACCUGAAACUACUAAUGCAUGAAACACAGCCCCCAUCUCACUUUGCUGUGAGCACUAUCACCAGAACAUACAGAGGUUACAAUAUGCUGCAGAGUCCAACAGACGUCACUAUGGAAAACAAUCUCUCAAGGGUUAUUGCAGCAAUUUCCCAUGCAUUGACAAUAUCCACUACAAGAGCACUUACAUUUGGCUGCUGUGAAGCUUUGUGUCUUCUCUCCACAACGUUUCCAGUGUGCAUCUGGAGCAUGGGAUGGCACUGUGGUGUUGCCCAGCCAAGCCCUUCAGAUGAAGCGCAGUCGGGCUGCACCAUUGGAAUGGCUGGCCUGGUGCUGUCUCUCCUUUCAUCAGCAUGGUUCCCACUGGACCUCUCUGCACAUCAGGAUGCUCUGAUUUUGACUGGAAACCUGCUUGCAGCAAGUGCUCCCAAGUGCUUAAAGAAUCCCUGGAGCACUGAAGAAGAUAUAAACCAAGGUGCUACAAAGCAGGAGGAACCCUGGCCAGCUCUGGCAGAUCGAACUCUUGUUACUUUUGUAGAACAGCUCUUUUCUCAUCUGUUAAAGGUCAUUAAUAUUUGUGCACAUGUAAUGGACGAUGUUGCUCCUGGCCCAGCAGUAAAGGCAGCAUUACCUUCUCUCACAAACCCACCUUCUCUUAGUCCAAUUCGGAGGAAGGGGAAAGAGAGGGAGUCUGAACAGGCAUCUGUGCCCAUGAGCCCUAAAAAGGGUGGUGAAACGAAUCCAGCUACUAGGCAAACUGACGCUACUGGGCCUGUUCCAACAAAUAAAUCAUCUUCAGUAGGAAGCUUUUAUCAUCUUCCAUCAUAUCUGAAGUUAUACGAUGUCUUGAAAGCAACCCAUGCGAAUUACAAGGUUACUUUGGAUCUCCAGAACAGUAAUGAAAAGUUUGGAUGUUUCUUACGGUCUGCCUUAGAUGUUCUGUCUCAAAUCUUGGAACUUGCUACUCUUCAAGACAUUGGAAAGUGUGUAGAAGAAAUUUUGGGAUACCUAAAAUCAUGUUUCAGCAGAGAACCAACAAUGGCAACAGUUUGUGUACAGCAGUUAUUGAAAACAUUAUUUGGGACAAAUCUGGCUUCUCAGUACGAUGGCUUGUCUUCAAACCCCAACAAAGCACAAGGCAAAGCUCAACGCUUAGGUUCUUCCAAUUUGAGACCUGGUCUCUAUCAUUAUUGCUUCAUGGCACCAUACACACAUUUUACACAGGCCCUUGCUGAUGCUAGUCUAAGGAACAUGGUUCAGGCUGAGCAAGAACAUGAUGCUUCAGGAUGGUUUGAUGUUCUACAAAAAGUUUCCACACAGCUGAAAACUAGUAUUACCAGUGCAGCAAAACAUCGUGCUGAUAAGAAUGCUAUUCACAAUCACAUUCGUUUAUUUGAACCCCUUGUCAUAAAAGCAUUGAAACAAUAUACUACAACAACGUCCGUACAGCUGCAGAGACAAGUUCUAGACUUGCUUGCUCAACUGGUUCAGCUACGAGUUAACUACUGUCUUCUGGACUCGGAUCAGGUGUUUAUUGGAUUUGUGCUAAAGCAGUUUGAAUACAUUGAAGUAGGACAGUUCAGGGAGUCUGAAGCAAUUAUUCCUAAUAUCUUUUUCUUCCUGGUGUUGCUGUCGUAUGAGAGGUAUCAUUCCAAACAGAUAAUUGGAAUUCCUAAAAUCAUUCAGCUGUGUGAUGGUAUCAUGGCCAGUGGAAGGAAAGCUGUUACACAUGCAAUACCAGCUCUGCAGCCCAUUGUUCAUGAUCUCUUUGUGUUAAGAGGAACAAAUAAAGCUGAUGCUGGAAAAGAGUUGGAAACGCAAAAGGAGGUCGUAGUGUCAAUGCUGCUGAGGCUUAUUCAGUACCAUCAGGUGCUAGAAAUGUUCAUCUUGGUAUUGCAACAGUGUCACAAAGAAAAUGAAGACAAGUGGAAAAGAUUGUCCCGGCAAAUAGCUGACAUUAUUCUCCCAAUGCUUGCAAAACAACAGAUGCAUAUAGACUCUCAUGAUGCUCUGGGAGUACUGAAUACUUUGUUUGAAAUUUUGGCUCCUUCAUCCCUUCGUCCUGUGGACAUGCUUUUAAGGAGUAUGUUUGUUACUCCUAAAACAAUGGCAUCAGUGAGCACAGUCCAGCUAUGGAUUUCUGGGAUUUUAGCUAUCCUUAGAGUUCUAAUUUCUCAGUCAACAGAAGACAUUGUUCUGUCCCGUAUACAAGAGCUUUCCUUCUCACCAUAUUUGAUUUCCUGUCAAGCAAUUAACCAACUGAGACAUGGAGAAAAUGCAUCCACACCAGAGGAUCACACUGAGAGUAAACAGGCUAAAUACCUGCCUGAAGAGACAUUUUCCAGGUUCUUAUUACAAUUGGUUGGCAUUCUGCUGGAAGAUAUUGUUACCAAACAAUUGAAAGUGGACAUGAAUGAGCAGCAGCAUACUUUCUACUGCCAGGAGCUGGGCACACUGCUUAUGUGUUUAAUACAUAUCUUCAAAUCAGGAAUGUUCAGAAGAAUCACAGCUGCAGCUACCAGACUUUUUACAGGAGAUGGAUCUGAUGGUAGUUUCUAUACCCUUGAAAGUUUGAGUGAGCUUGUUCAGUCCAUGAUUCCCACACAUCCUUCUCUAGUUCUUCUCUGGUGUCAGAUCCUGCUUCUUGUCAAUUAUACCAACUACAAUUGGUGGUCAGAAGUGCAUCAAACCCCAAAGAGACACAGUCUUUCUACUACUAAAUUGCUUAGCCCUCAGAUUUCUGGAGACAGUGAUGAAUCAGAUUCAGAAUCUAAACGUGGCAUGUGCAAUCGAGAGAUAGUAAGAAGAGGAGCUCUCAUUCUUUUUUGUGACUAUGUUUGUCAAAACUUACAUGAUUCAGAACACUUGACCUGGCUUAUUGUGAAUCAUGUUCAAGAUUUGAUUAAUCUGUCUCAUGAACCUCCAGUACAAGACUUUAUUAGUGCUGUUCACAGGAAUUCAGCAGCCAGUGGUCUUUUCAUCCAGGCCAUUCAAUCACGGUGUGAGAACCUUGCAGCUCCUACAACUCUGAAGAAGACUUUGCAGUGCUUAGAGGGAAUACACCUCAGCCAGUCUGGGGCUGUCCUGACGCUGUAUGUUGAUAAGCUGCUGUGCACGCCCUUCCGUGUGCUUGCGCGCACAGUCGACACCCUGGCUUGCCGUCGGGUGGAAAUGCUUUUGGCUGCAACUUUACAGAACAGCAUUACUCAGUUACCAGUUGAAGAACUGGAUAGAAUUCAGGAAUACCUUCAGAACAGUGGAUUAGCGACAAGACACCAAAGACUUUACUCACUCUUGGAUAGGUUUCGUCUUAUGGUAGCACCAGACACAGCGAGUCCUUCACCUCUCAUUACCUCACACCCACUAGAUGGAGAAGACCAACCAGCUUUAGAGAACAUAAUUCUAGACAAAGACUGGUAUGUGUCACUAGCGAGGUCACAGUGCUACGUCAGGUCUGACUCGGCACUGCUAGAAGGCGCAGAGCUGGUCAAUAGGAUACCUCAGCCUGACCUGAACUCGUUCAUGACCAGCAAGGAAUUCAACCUAAGCCUGUUAGCACCCUGCUUAAGCCUUGGCGUGAAUGAAAUCUCAAGAGACCAGAAGAGUAGCUUCUUUGAAACAGCUCGGAGGGUAACUCUGGAUCAUGUGUCUACCACUGUACAAAACUUUCCUGCCAACCACCAGGUUUUUCAACCACUAUUGCCAACUGAGCCAUCAGCCUACUGGAAAAAACUAAGCGAUAUCUUUGGAGAUGAGAUGAUCUACCAGCCUAUGAUGACACUUUGUCGUGCACUGGCUCAGUAUUUGUUGUUGCUCUCAAAACUACCAGCUGGCCUCCGUGUUCCUCCUGAUAAAGAGGAUGAUAUCCUGAAAUUCAUAGUUAUGUCAGUAGAGGCAGUAUCAUGGCAUUUAAUGCAUGACCGGAUUCCAUUAAGUGUAGAUCUUCAAGCUGCUCUGGAUUGCUGCUGUUUGACAUUACAGCAGCCUAGUCUCUGGAAUUUGCUGGCUUCUGCAGCUAAUGCCACAUAUGCUUGCUCCUUAAUUAAUUGCAUUAGAUUUAUCAUAGAAGCAGUUGCUGUUGAACCUGGCAAUCAACUUCUUAGUCCUGAAAGAAAGAAGAAUGCCUCAAAAGGCUUCAGUGAGGGUGAAGCUGAUUCAAAUACACAAAAAACUAAACACGUUACUGCAGCUUGUGAAAUGGUAGCUGAGAUGGUGGAAUGCUUACAGACUGUCUUGGCACUGGGGCACAAAAGAAACAGCAGUAUCCCAGCAUUUCUUACUCCUGUCCUCAAGAACAUCAUCAUCAGUUUAGCAAGGCUGCCUCUGGUGAACAGCUACACAAGAGUGCCUCCCUUGGUCUGGAAGUUGGGCUGGUCGCCCAAGCCUGCAGGUGACUUUGGCACAGUUUUUCCUGAAAUCCCAGUAGAAUUUCUUCAAGAAAAAGAAAUCUUCAAGGAGUUCAUCUAUCGCAUUAAUACUCUUGGAUGGAUCAGCCGUACUCAGUUUGAGGAAACGUGGGCAACUUUGCUUGGUGUGCUUGUGACUCAGCCUAUUGUAAUGGAUCAAGAAGAGAACCAACAAGAGGAAGAUACAGAGAGGACCCAAAUUAAUGUUCUUGCAGUACAAGCCAUAACUUCCUUGGUGCUGAGUGCAAUGACGAUACCUGUUGCAGGCAAUCCAGCAGUUAGCUGUUUGGAACAGCAGCCCCGCAACAAAGCUUUAAAAGCUCUGGACACAAGGUUUGGGAGGAAGCUAAGUGUUAUCAGGGGAAUUGUUGAACAGGAAAUCCAAGCAAUGGUGUCUAAGAGAGAUAAUAUUGCUACUCAUCAUUUAUACCAAGCUUGGGACCCUGUUCCAUCACUUUCUCCUGCUACUACAGGUGCUCUUAUCAGCCAUGAAAAGCUCUUACUGCAGAUCAAUACUGAACGAGAAAUAGGAGAUAUGGAUUAUAAACUGGGACAGGUCUCUAUACACUCCAUAUGGUUAGGAAAUAAUAUCACUCCGUUGAGAGAAGAAGAGUGGGGUGAAGAUGAAGAAGAUGAGAAUGACAUACCUGCUCCUUCCUCACCACCAACAUCUCCAAUUAACACCAGGAAACACCGGGCUGGUGUAGAUAUACAUUCUUGUUCUCAGUUCUUGCUUGAACUGUAUAGCCAGUGGAUAUUGCCAUCAAACCCAAGCAGGAGGACACCAGUCAUUUUGAUUAGUGAAGUGGUGCGAUCGCUGCUGGCAGUAUCAGACUUGUUUACAGAAAGGAAUCAGUUUGAGAUGAUGUAUACAACAUUGACAGAACUGCGAAAGGUGCAUCCAUCAGAAGAUGAGAUUCUUGUGCAGUAUUUGAUACCAGCCACUUGUAAAGCUGCUGCUGUUCUUGGAAUGGAUAAAGCUGUGGCUGAACCAGUAAGUCGACUGCUGGAAUCAACCCUCAGAAGUACCCAUAUGCCAAGUCGGAUUGGAGCCCUGCAUGGAAUUCUUUACAUCCUUGAAUGUGACUUGCUUGAUGAGACAGCAAAGCAACUGAUUCCAAUUAUCAGUGAUUAUCUGCUCUCCAAUUUGAGAGGAGUAGCACAUUGUGUGAAUAUCCAUAACCAACAGCACAUCUUGGUAAUGUGUGCAGCUGCUUUCUAUUUGAUCGAGAAUUACCCACUUGAUGUAGGGCCUGAUUUCUCUGCAGGAAUUAUACAGAUGUGUGGAGUCAUGGUGUCUGGAAGCGAUGAAUCGACACCAUCCACUAUUUAUCAUUGUGUCCUGAGAGGAUUAGAACGACUCCUCCUUUCGGAGCAGCUUUCUCGGCUGGAUAGUGAAUCACUUGUGAAACUGAGCGUUGACAGGGUGAAUGUGCAAAGUCCCCACAGAGCAAUGGCAGCACUUGGGCUAAUGCUCACUUGCAUGUACACAGGAAAGGAAAAAAUCAGUCCAGGUCGUACCACAGAUGCCAAUCCUGCUGCUCCCGACAGCGAAUCGGUGAUCGUGGCUAUGGAACGAGUCUCUGUCCUUUUUGAUAGGAUCAGGAAGGGAUUUCCUUUUGAAGCUAGAGUAGUGGCUCGGAUCCUUCCACAGUUCCUUGAUGAUUUUUUCCCUCCACAAGAUGUGAUGAAUAAAGUUAUUGGAGAAUUUUUAUCUAAUCAGCAGCCUUACCCACAAUUCAUGGCAACAGUAGUUUAUAAGGUAUUCCAGACACUACAUAGCACUGGACAGUCCUCAAUGGUCCGUGACUGGGUGAUGCUGUCUCUCUCUAACUUCACACAAAGAACCCCUGUGGCAAUGGCAAUGUGGAGUCUGUCCUGUUUUUUUGUCAGUGCUUCCACCAGUCAAUGGAUUUCAGCAAUUCUUCCACAUAUUAUCAGCAGAAUGGGAAAAUCAGAGCAAGUGGACGUUAACAUCUUCUGUUUAGUGGCCAUAGACUUCUACCGACAUCAGAUAGAUGAAGAACUAGACCGGAGGGCCUUUCAGUCGGUGUUUGAGGUGGUAGCAUCUCCAGGAACCCCAUAUCAUCGCUUACUAAACUGUUUGCAAAAUGUCCACAAAGUCACAGCAUGUUGAACAUCGUGAUGUGUAAUGGAACUGCAUGACUAGUGUUGGAACCUGAUAGGAAUUACAGGGAAUGCGAGAUCAAGAGAGUAUCUGGGGUUGCGUUUGUGAUUAAAUAUGGACAUGUCAGUUUUACUUCCAGUAAAUGUAUGGACAAGUGCUCUGCAGCACUG